AUGCCAGUACUUAAUACUUGUAGCAAACUACAUGUAGCAAUAAUUAUUGAUUUAUUUUAUUUUAUUUUAUCUCUUAUAGAGUUUCAUCCUAAGCUGUUAGGACUAACAGGAACAAAUGAAGAGGUACAUACAGCAGCUAAAGCUUAUCAAGUCUAUUACAGUCCAGCAUCUGUUGAUGAUGAUAAUGAUUAUUUAGUUGAUCACACUAUUAUAAUGUACCUCAUCAAUCCAGAGGGAGACUUUGUAGACUAUUACGGUCAAAACAAGACAGCAGAUCAAGUACACGCUGGCAUUAGCAAUCAAAUGAUCAAGUAUAAACACAGGAAGUGAUGAGAAGACA